AUGCCGCUCAUAAUGAACGCCGAGCUCGACAAGCUCAACGGCCUCGCGCCGCGGGCCUGCGAGCUGUGCCACCGCCGCGACGACGUCAAGCGCUGCACCGCCUGCCAGGCCGUCUACUACUGCGGGCGCGAGUGCCAGGCGGCCGACCGCGAUGACCACAAGAUCCCCUGCAAAGUCAUCAAGAAGGCGCGCGUCCACUACGAGAGCGAGUACGUUAAGCUGCGCGACAUGCCCGGCGACAUGCUCACGCCCGAGAAAAUGUUCGAGAACGAGGUCGGCCACUUCUGGGGCAUCCUCGAGACGCGGCCUUAUAUGCGCGCCCGCUACGGCCUCGUCGACGCCCUGCUGCUGAGCUACGGCACACCGGGAGGCCCCGUCGACGUCGUGCAGAUGUGUCUCGACCACCUGCUCGACAUGAUGCGCCUGUGCCGCGGCGACAACAUGGGGGUGCGCCAGGUCGUGCCCGGCCUGUACAUCCGCCUCGGCCGCGAUCAGGACGCAUAUGACUUUAUUAGCUGGCAUACGGCCAAGAGCGAGGACAGCGACUUUGACUGGGGCGAUAUGAGUCUCCCGUUUCUCGACACCAAGGACGCCAACGCGUUGGAGGAGCCGCCCGAGCGCUGGCUGAGAAGCCCCUGGCUGCCCCUGAGCCACGCCGUGGCCGUGACGCUCAUCAAGGUGCGGAUCCUGCUCGACCUGCGGGCCAUCCAGAACGCGAGGGUGGCGCUGCGCGGCGCCGUGCCCGACGGGAUUGUCGAGCUGAUCCGCAGCCAACUCGUCGGGAGCGUCGUCGGCGCGCGCCGCGACGUCCUACUGGCCGGGCCCGAGGAGACGGCGCGGCUCGCGGACACGGUACGCGGGCAGGUCAGGAAGCUGUAUGACGCGGUCGACAAGUACAACCCUCACUUCUGGAAAAUACUGGUGGAGAAGCCCGACGCGGGCGUGCUGGAGCGGCCGGCCGGGCCGUACGGCCAGCAGUCGCGCGACGAGGCCUUGCUCAUGGUUGGGUACAACUUUGCGUCGUGGUACGAGACGCCGGGAGCCAUCGACGUGCUGCGGAGCCUGGCCGGCGGAAAGGCUUCCGGCAAGUGA